AACUCCAACGACCCACGUGAUUCCAACCCACGUGCCUCCCUUGUGACCUUCUUGGGAUACCUUUCUCACCCACCUCGCGCGUCUCAGGCCUCGUCCCCCGCCGUCUCCGCGUGCCGCCAUGGAGGUGACGCGAUCGCAGCAGUGGAAGUACGUGCUGCUGGCGGUGGCGCCGGGCGCGCUGGCGCUGCUGCGGCUGAUCAGCCCGGUGCAGGCGUGCUGCCUCGUCGUGCUCGCGUACAUCCUCUCGCGCCGCCACGCCAACGAGAUCCAGCGCCAGUGGGAGCGCGCGCAGGCCGCCAAGGAGGCGCAGCGCAAGGCGGAAGAGGAGGCCUUCGCUGCGCUGCCCGCGCGGAAGCGGAAGGCGAUUGAGCGCGCGCGAGCGAAAGAAUCGGCGAGUGCGGGGAAGGAGGAGGAAGGUUUGGCGGAGGACGGCGACGAGGCGAAAGACGAAUAGGGCUCGGCCGCGUGUGACGGGCAGCGCGCGCAGCGGACCCACCCAUGGCCUUCCACAGCCGAGGCGUGGAGGCUUCAAAGGGCAACCCCGCGUUCAACCGAGCUGCACCUCGCGCAUUCUUCCGUGUCGCCCGAGGCCCGUCGGAUCUCCCAAGGUCCGCGUUUGACCCAGGUGGCAGUGCAAUCUGCGCUCACCAGCCGUCAACCGAAAAUGCCAGGCGCUCUUGAGGUGGUGGAGAGGAGAUGGGCGUUGGGUAGAGGAGGUGAGAGGCAGAGGGAGGGGGGAGAGGAGGUUGGUUGAAAGGUGGCUGAGAGGUGGUGUGUGACCGGGUGAUAGGGCUGCCCGUGCAAGAGCGUAGGAACCGCGCGGUGCGUGCAGCACAGCAGAGAGUGCGCAUCACAGCUUUGUGCUUGGAAGACUAGGUGACAAGGGCCGGCUCAUGCGGAGUUUCAUAGACUAGGCUGUAGCUUCUGUGGCGUGCUGCCUCUCCACCCUAGAAUAAAAGGGGAGUCUUCUCCUGAAGGUGUAGCCCAUCUGGCUGCGUUGCUAUUAUGGUGCAUUUGCAGGUGUUACCUUAUACUGCAUCCUGAUUGGAGUGGAAGGUAUUUGAGGUACACUACUGUCACCUACCAUCCCUAGAGGAAGCAGUCGAGUCCUCCCAAGUUCCAACCUGUUGGGCUGAUAAAAGCCCUUAGGAUCUUUCCAGAGACUAAGUCCCAGUUGUAAAAUGAGACUUGAGUAGUGCAGCGGAAGUUGAGGCAGUUGAACCCUUGUACUAGUAUAUUUUCGUUGUUGGCGACGGUGAUGACGACGUCGCGGUUGAGGCGUUUCUCCUGUUGCACGAAUCGUCCCGAAGAGCACAUGUGUUGCCCGCAGCAGCUGUCCAAGAACCAGCCCUUAGGAUCUUUCCAGAGACUAAGUCCCAGUUGUAAAAUGAGACUUGAGUAGUGCAGCGGAAGUUGAGGCAGUUGAACCCUUGUACUAGUAUAUGAGAACAAGUGAUUGACUAAAGAAACAAGCAUGCA